AUGACGACACUUCUAGAUGGCAAAACAUGCAGCAAAGAGAUCGAAACGGAGCUCAAGGAGCUGAUAUCUACUCUUAGCGUAACGCCCACACUUGCCCUUUUGCUUGUCAGCAGUAAUCCGGACUCGAAAACUUACGUGCGACUCAAGAAAAACGCCUGCACGCGUGUUGGAAUCACGCCCCAAGUGCACGAACUGUCCGAGUCCAUUGCAUUCGAGGAACUACUGGCUCUGAUUCAGUUACUCAAUGAUAAUACUAAUGUUCAUGGCAUUCUUCUCCAGCUGCCUUUGCCUGAGCAUUUGCAGCUGCACGAGGAGGAGUUACUGGAGACCAUCAGCCCCUUGAAAGACGCGGACGGACUCCACUCGCACCAUUUUGCACGGUUGGCAGAACCAAUGAAGAAACAGAACGAAGUAGCACCGAAGGACUUUCGGUUGCAACCCUGCACACCCGCGGGCUGUCUAGAGAUUCUCGGUCGUAACGGGGUUAAACUGGAAGGUAAGGACGUAAUUGUUAUUGGCCGUGGACAGCUUGUCGGACGACCGCUGUCACUCAUGCUGCUGGCUGCAAAUGCCACGGUGACCAGCUGCCACUCAAAGACUAAAAAUCUGGCAGACAAAGUCCGACGUGCAGAGGUGGUGUUCGUGGGUACUGGCCAACCAGAGCUCGUCAAGGGUGACUGGCUCGCUGAGGGAGCGGUGGUCGUGGACUGUGGUAUUAACUACGUGGACGACGCCACAAGCAAGAAGGGCUACAAGAUAGUGGGCGAUGUUGACUUUGCAGCAGCCAGUGAACGCGUUUCAGUCAUCACGCCUGUGCCCGGUGGUAUUGGACCCAUGACGAUUGCCAUGCUGUUGAAAAACACGGUGGAGUGCGCCAAGUUUGCUGCUGCCUCAGAAAGCUGA